AUGAGCUUGCUGUGCCUCGUCUUGGCGCUGAGCCUGCUGGGGGUCCGCGGCUUGGGAGACCCCGGCCCGUUGGAGGACGUAGUCAUCGACAGAUACUACAUCCCCAAAGUGUGCCUGCGAGAAGUCCAGAUGGGCGACUUCGUCCGGUACCAUUACAAUGGCACUUUUCAGGACGGCACCAAGUUCGACUCCAGGUACUUUCCCCCCUUCUCGUUUCCCUCGCUGAGAAAUGCGCAGCAGCGCCCGUCCAGGGCAGGACUGGGUCCUUUGAUCCAGAGACAAAGGGUUAGGUGGUGGCUCACCUGCAGUCCCUGGCAAAUUGGAAUUAAGGAGUGGCAAAAUAUCUUCCCCGCCCCCGUGUUCAAAACUCCGAUUGUUCUAGGCGCAUUUUGCGACGGAAUUAUUUCAUGAGCAAAAGCGGUUUCUGAGUUCCGGGCGCAAGAUUUCAGAGUAAAACUGCAGAGUGGAAGGAAAGGAGGACCUUUUUCUGCCUCCCCUACUUUCUGAGGACUGGAGAAGAGACACUCUUAAGAAUAUUAAGGGGGUGGGCAGGGGAAGGACUAGACCAUGUGGAAAAGGAGCAUAAUAUUUUAGCUGCAGUUCAUUUUCAGCUUUGUAUUAUCAAAAAGUGCGCCUAGACAUUCUGUUGUUGCAUCCAUAACCUAAGGUGCCAUUGUGCCUAGAUUUCAUAUCUCAGUUUCUAACACUGUCCCUGCCCCUCCCCUUAGGAGAUCCCCCAUAAGUUGAGAGACAGGAGACCCACGUUUUAAUGUUUCAUCUUUGCGCUUUUGAAAUAGCCAUGCGUGCAACCUAGAAAAACAGCCCUUCCUUUAUUAAAAUAAAACAACAGCCCGCCAGCAAUGAGAAACCUUCAUUCCCUCUCUCUCCCUUGCAAGAGGAAUUGCGUGCCUCUGGCGGUAUGUGCCUUCUAUCUUCUGCCUCUUUGGGGCCUCGGGGGGAAAGAGAAAUAUGGAGCCGCUGAUCCCUCGCAUAACUUCAGAAGCUUUUGCACAGCGGUUUGCAGCUGCCAAGCCAGCUUCUGGCUAGAAGGGUGCAGGGUGGACUUUGCAAAGAGCCAGGUCUGGAAAAAAGAAGGGGUCCACCCUGGUACAAACAUGGGCAGGCAUGCAAUAAAUUUUGUGGGGGCGCUGGUGAGGAGCAAAGCAAGGGUGAGGGUGGACACGAAAUGCUUGUAAUGCUUCAAAUUAAAAUAAUUUAAUUAAAAGCAUAUAUUUAAAAGUACAUAUUGGUCAUGUCUCUGUGACCAGAGCAUUGGAAAGAGGUUUGUUUGUUUUGGGGGGAACUGGAUAGAAUACUGUUGACAUGUUUUUCUUUUUAUCAGAAUUAGAGAUUUCCAUUCAGAAAUGCUGGAUAUUCAGGAAAGGGACAUUUAAAAUCUCUGAGAAAGCGGGGGCAAUUCAGGCCACAAACCCUUGCCUUAGCAAACAUACUUUAGAUAAUUUCUUCCCAUCGGCUAAAUUUAGGUUUUAUCGUUGUGGAAUCUGACCACACUCAAUGAGAUUUAGUCCCAGGAACUUGUUAAAAAACAACAAUUAUUAUUGUGGGGGGUAAGGAGAUGCAAGGAGUGUUUUGAGGAGGGCGAAGUGUUUGAAAUAAGACAAAAUGGACGUCCUUCUAUUAGGUCUGGCCUGUUUUUGCUGUAGGCUGCUCCUGUGAAAACUCAGAGCAACCCACAUUCCUCAAGUCCACAGAUGAUAAAAUCAGAUCACCUCAAAGGAUAAUAAACCUUCAGUUUUCACCUCUCCUUGAUACUCCCUUCUCCAUCCGUGCAGUCCUUGGAAAUAAGUCCCAUAGAGUUCAGUGGGACUUUCCCCCAGGUAAUGGGUAUCAAGGGAGAGAGAAGGAAAGGAAAGAUUAUCGUUGCUGAAUGGCUGGUGGUUGUUUUUUAAAGGACGGACUCUUUUUCUAUGGUUGCAAGCAUACUACCGCGGUGCACUAUUUGGAAUUUCUGAACAUAGAAUUGUAGCCAGUGUUGCAUGCAUGGAUUCCCAUUCAGGCAAUCGGACUUCCCUUCUCUUCUCCCCCCCCCCCCCACCAUGUCCCCAAAAUCUUCUCCCAACCCUCUGGAGCAGAAUUUGAAGGUGCAUAUGGGGGGGGGGGCAUGUCAGAGGAAAGGAAAGUUAAAGUCAUCUGUGUAAUAAUUUUUUUGCUGGAUCAAACCAAAUUGCAGCCCAACAUUCUACAUGAUAUAGUAAAGCGAAAUUCAAAUAAGGACAGAAUUGAUAAAAUAAAUUUUAAGAGGGAGAAGGGAACACAUCUAGAGUAGGACGUUUUCACGUAAGGAUGUUUUAGAUCUGAACUUCUGCAGGCUUCAUUUUAAAACUGAAAAAAAUAAAGAUGUGGAACUUUUAGUUAAACCUGUCAUGCGUCCGAACUCCCUUAAUAAAUAAGGAACACUCACUCACUUUUCUGGUAGUUCCCUUGCAUCAAAAGACAAAUUGUUUGACUGAGAAUGGGUGCAACAAUCCCUCUCCUUUGCUAUUACAUUAUCCCUUGGUUCAGCAUCGCUGAAUCUUAUGUGUAAUUUAGCUGGCACAUCCUAAGGUAUAUUAGCGUGAUAACAAAACUAUUAGGGCAUUUUGAAAUUGUGUCUUGAGCAUCAAACCUCACUGCCCACAGAGCCAGGUUGAGCUACGAAGCAAGAUAGCGGAGUGUCGGAAGGAAGGGGGCAGGCAGUGAGCUGCUAUAGGCUGUGGGAGGAGAUGGCGUCCAUGAUGGGAUCUGCCGUUUGGGCUGUAGACGUGUCAUCCGCAUGAGGCUGCAGCUGCUUAUGCAUUUUAGAAGGCUGGAUUUUGCAACUUAGGAUGGCGACUCCUUUUCCCGUCCAAAAUGCACACACUGGAAGCAGCAGUCCUAUAAAAUGGAUCUAGUUUUCUAGAGAUCUGGAAGAAAACUUGGUCUUGAUUUGAAACCUCAGUGCUAACUGCCUUUCCUCCCCCAUAUCAUGACAUGCGGGCUGAUCCUCUUGGCGAAUUCAGAGUGCAGGAUCAGGCUAUUCUGCUCCUCCUUUUCUGACUGAAAGGAAGUUGGAGAUCGGGUUUCAUUUGCUCCUCUCCCUGCUAGCAGGAAUAGUUUGGGAGGUUUUGGGGUUUUUUUCCUCAUCAGCAAAACUUUACGGAAUCUCUGCCUUACUAAAAUGGGCAUACACCCACAUUCCUUGCUUCAGGGCAUAGUUUUGUUAAAAAAGGUGGUUUCUGCUGUUGCGGUGCAAUUUGGGUAAAUAAUUGAAUCGGUCCUAAAAUAGUUUUCGUAAAUGUAUCCAAGCGCAUCUUGAAGCCAGCAAGAUUUCUUUUCCUUUUUGCUCCCUCAACAGUUACAGGAACAGUUUGUGGGGGUUUUUUAUACUACAAUGCUGCUUUUCAGCCUUAAGUUCUGGUUCUCAAAUAGUUUUCCACGAGGUCCACUCUGAGGAGGGAACAGCCAGGCCAGGCCUCAAAGUGAACUCAGGGAGACGUGUUUCCACUUCCACCAUGCCACACAAACUUUGCCUCUUUUGCCUUUGCCUCUGAAUUGGCCAGAAUUGUUGCUGGGCCUGAUGGGAAUUGUAGUGCCAAACAUCUGGUAGCUGGCCAAGGGUGGCCUAGCUAGUCUAACAUCCUGUUUCUCACAGUUGCCAGCCAACCGCACGGAUGGGAUAAGCCUGUAGCCAGGAUAUGAGAGCCACAACCCUCACCUGGUGUUCCAGGGGAUGUGGGUGGCGCUGUGGUCUAAACCACUGAGCCUCUUGGGCUUGCUGAUCAGAAGGUUGGCGGUUUGAUUCCCCGCGAUGGAGUGAGCUCCCAUUCCCAUUCCAGCUCCUGCCAUCCUAGCAGUUUGAAAGCACACCAGUGCAAGUAGAUAAAUAGGUACGCUGUGGCGGGAAGGUAAACAGCAUUUCCAUGUGCUCCGGUUUCCAUCACGGUGUUCCGUUGCACCGGAAGCAGUUUAGUCAUGCUGGCCACAUGACCCGGAAAGCUGUCUGUGGACAAACGCCGGCUCCCUUGGCCUGAAAGCGAGAUGAGCACCACAACCCCAUAGUCACCUUUGGCUGGACUUAACCGUCCAGGGGUCCUUUACCUUUUACCUUACCUUCAUGUGGUGUUAAAGGUAAAGGGACCCCUGACCAUUAGGUCCAGUCAUGGCUGACUCUGGGGUUGUGGCACUCAUCUCGCUUUAUUGGCCAAGGGAGCCGGCGUACAGCUUCCAGGUCAUGUGGCCAGCAUGACUAAGCUGCUUCUGGCAAAACAGAGCAGCGCACGGAAACGCCGUUUACCUUCCCGCCUAUUUAUCUACUUGCACUUUGAUGUGCUUUUGAACUGCUAGGUUGGCAGGAGCAGGGACCGAGCAACGGGAGCUCACCCCAUCACGGGGAUUCAAACCGCCGACCUUCUGAUUGGCAAGUCCUAGGCUCUGUGGUUUAACCCACAGCGCCACACCACACCACUGUGUAGUGUUGCUCCCCAGCAAAUGGCAUUUGCCAAUAUGCCGCCUGAGAACCUGGAGCCAUAGCUAGUAGACUUUGAUCAUCUCAUCCUCCGUGAAUUGGUCCAAUCCCCUUUAAAGCAAUCUAAGCCAGUGGCCAUGACCACACAUCAUGUUAUCUGUUAACUGGCCAUUUUAGAGUUCUCUUUGCUCCAUUUUUGUUGUUUCUGCUCAUCCCUUCCAUCAAUGCCUUCUUCCCUUUCCAGCUAUGAUCGGGGUGCCACAGUGGCCGGUGUGGCUGGCGUGGGGCGGCUCAUCACCGGCAUGGACAGAGGCCUUCAGGGGAUGUGUGUGAACGAGAGAAGGCACCUCAUUGUGCCCCCUCAUCUUGGCUACGGCAGCAUCGGCGUGGGUGAGUGGCAAGAGUCCAGGGUUGACAGGCGUUGCCUGAGCCUGACAAUAUCUUAGCUGCAUAUCUGUGCCUUUAAGGACACAUUAAAAAAACACAAAAAUGCCAGGGAGUGCGCACAGUGAUCUGAUCAAUUAUAUCCUAGCAUGGGGGCAGGAGAAUCAUAAGAGUUUGAAGGGACCCUGAGGAUCAUCUAGUCCAACCCCCUGCAAUGCAGGAAUAAGCAGCUGUCGCUUGCAGGGAUUGAACCUGCAACCUUGGCAUUGUCAGCACCAUGCUCUAACCAAAUGAGCUAGCCACAGCAAGGAUAGCACUGUACUGCAUUGCAAGGCCCUGAGAAUGAAUGAAUGAAUCUUGCAUGGUGUAGUGAUUAAGAGCUGUAGACUCGUAAUCUGGGGAACCGGGUUUGAUUCCCUGCUCCUCCACAUUCAGCUGCUGGGUGACCUUGGGCUAGUCACACUUCUCUGAAGUCUCUCAGCCUCGCUCACCUCACAGAGUGUUUGUUGUGGGGGAGGAAGGGAAAGGAGAAUGUUAGCCGCUUUGAGACUCCUUCAGGUAGUGAUAAAGCAGGAUAUCAAAUCCAAACUCUUCUUCUUCUUUAUUUGCAUCAGCCAUUGGCCAUCACAAUAAAACAACAAUACGAUAUACAAAGAAUAGAAAUAAAAAGUCAAUUAUAUAAAAUACAUUUUGGGAUUUUGGAAGGCCCUAAUAUAAUAAGAGCAGGUUUCUAUACUGAGAAAUUGUUUCCCGUCUCCAAACACGCUUGAGCUUCCCUACUUCUUGUCAUUUCCGGUUCCACCCGUUUCGCUUUACAUGGCUUCCCCGUCCACCACUCUUUUCUCCUCCCUUUUAUGCAUUUCCUGUACUCGGUAAAGUUCCACGCAGAUGGAUGGCAGUAUAGAAAUAGAUAAAUAGUAAUACAGUGGUACCUCGAGUUACGUACUUAAUUUGUUCUGGAGGUCCAUUCUUAACCUGAAACUGUUCUUAACCUGAGGUACCCCUUUAGCUAAUGGGGCCUCCCACUGCCGCUGCACGAUUUCUGUUCUCAUUCUAAAGCAAAGUUCUUAACCCGAGGUACUAUUUCUGGGUUAGCGGAGUCUGUAACCUGAAGCGUAUGUAACCUGAAGCGUAUGUAACCCAAGGUACCACUGUAUUGAAUGGCCUGGUGCCAUUGGCGAAGGGGCAGUGGUUGUGGUGGCCUCCCAGUCCCCCUGAGAAUUAUCGUUUCAGUCUCCAUGGUCGUUCCUCAUUUUCAACCCCAUAGCUGGCCUGAUACCCCCGGACACCACCCUCUACUUCGAUGUCAUCCUGCUUGACAUUUGGAACAAAGAAGACAAGCUGCAGAUCACCACCGUCUCCAAGCCACAGCGCUGCAACCGCACAGUGGAGAACUCCGACUUUGUGCGCUACCACUACAACGGCACACUUCUCGACGGCACCCCCUUCGACUCCAGGUAGGAUGUGCUGAAGGGGAGAUGGCAUGUUUUGGCUCAGAGGUCUGGUACAGAGAGUGAAAGACAGCAAAAUAAUGUCAUUGCAGUUGCAAUUAUAGCAGUCCCUUGGCUACAGUCCCGAACUGGAUUGACCCCUACCCUUCCAAGGCUGCUGGUGGUUUAAAAAACAGAAGGAGGAUUCCAGCCACAGGAUUCAAAGAUGCAUUUAGCAUUAUGUUUUUAAGUUGACUCUCGUUCUGUAUAAUAGGUAGAGCAGCUGUCCGGUCAAAGAUGCUGGAUCUCUGGUAGUGGUGUUAGUUGCAGUUAAAUGCAGUGAUUAAGAACAAUGUAGAACAGGCUUCCUCAAACUCGGCCCUCCAGAUGUUUUUGGCCUACAACUCCCGUGAUCCCUAGCUAGCAGGACCAGUGGUCAGGGAUGAUGGGAAUCGUAGUCUCAAAACAUCUGGAGGGCCAAGGUUGAGGAAGCCUCAUGUAGAAUAAGAUGAGGAGCGGGUGGCGCUGUGGUCUAAACCACUGAGCCUCUUGGGCUUGCUGAUCAGAAGGUUAGCAGUUCGAAUCUGCGUGAUGGUGGUGCGCUCCCGUUGCUCUGUCCCAGCUCCUGCCAACCUAGCAAUUCGAAAGCACACUAGUUCAAGUAGAUAAAUAGGUACCACUGUGGCGGGAAGGUAAAUGACGUUUCCAUGCACUCUGAUUUCCAUCAUGGUGUUCCUUUGUGCCAGAAGCAGUUUAGUUAUGCUGGCCACAUGACCUGGAAAGCUGUCUGUGGACAAACGCCGACUCCCUCGGCCUGAAUACGAGAUGAGCGCUGCAACCCCAUAGUCACCUUUGACUGGACUUAACCGUCCAGGGGUCCUUUACCUUUUUGUUUUUUUACCUUUUAGUGGGUGGCUGUUUUUGACCAGUGCUGUGCUGCGAAGGUGGCGUUGUUUUCUCUGAACCGCUUCCUUGCCUGAUGUCUCUUUCCUUUUCUCCAUCCUCACCUGUCUCCCAGCUAUGGAAAAGACAGUACUUAUGACACCUACGUGGGUUCAGGUUGGCUGAUCAAAGGGAUGGACGAGGGCCUGCUAGGCAUGUGUGCUGGAGAGAAACGACAAAUAGUGAUCCCCCCGUUCCUGGCCUACGGAGAGAAAGGCUACGGUAAGGUGGUCAAGAAAUUGUGAAUCUGAACCGCAAGGUGAACUGUAUUCACUCAGUACUUUUCUGAGCACAAUUCAAAGUGUUGGUGCUGACCUUAAAAGCCCUAAAUGGCCGUGGCCCAGUAUAGCUGAAGGAACAUCUCCACCCCCAUCGUUCAGCCUGGACACUGAGGUCCAGCUCUGAGGGCCUUUUGGUGGUUCCCUCACUGCGAGAAGUGAGGUUACAGGGAACCAGGCAGAGGGGCCUUCUCGGUGGUGGCACCCGCCCUGUGGAACACCCUCCCACCAGAUAUCAAGGAAAUAAACAACUAUCUGACUAUUAGAAGACAUCUGAAGGAAGCCCUGUUUAGGGAAGUUUUUAAUGUGUUAUAUUUUAAGGCAUUUUUAAUAUUCUGUUGGGAGCCGCAGAGUGGCUGGGGAAACCCAGCCAGAUGGGCAGGGUAUAAAUAAUAAAUUAUUAUAUUAUUAUUACAUAUCUGCAGAAGAAUUUAAAUUUAUUAUAUUAUUUAAAUAUUAUUCUGAAAGUAUGCAAGAAAUCACCUCAGAUUCUGUGUCAAAGAAAUCCCCAAACCAAUUCUUUCUUUGUUUCUUUCAAAAAAAAAAAAGGACAAUAAGACUUUAUUGUACUUAGAAAUAAAUAUCUUUUUUUUGGGGGGGGGGGAUAGGAUUGUACCUGCUAGCAGAUCUCAAGGGUCCCGCUUACAUAAGAAUGUAUGUACGUUUUUGCUCCUGUACAAAAACUUGGUGAUGAGGGACAAGAAUUCGUAGAAUUGUAGAGUUGGAAGGGACCCUGAGGGUCAUCUAGUCCAACUCCCUGUGAUGCAGGGAUCUCAGCUAAAGCAUCCACACACAGAGAUGUCUUUAAAAACAUGGUGUCUGCCAAGGGGCUAUGCACUAAUGUUUAAGACUGGGGUCCUCCAUCUUUCAAGGCCUGGGGGGCACAUUUGGAAAUGCAAGGGUGGGCGCAUGCACCAGACCCCCUCCUUGCAAAGCACACACACACAAGUGAACACCUCCAAAACACAGACAAACCCCUCCCAACCAUACAACAGCUCACAAGCCAGUGUGGUGUAGUGGUUAAGAGCGGUAGAUUCGUAAUCUGGGGAACCGGGUUCGCGUCUCUGCUCCUCCACAUGCAGCUGCUGGGUGACCUUGGGCUAGUCACACUUCUCUGAAGUCUCUCAGCCCCACUCACCUCACAGAGUGUUUGUUGUGGGGAGGAAGGGAAAGGAGAAUGUUAGCCGCUUUGAGACUCCUUCGGGUAGUGAUAAAGCGGGAUAUCAAAUCCAAACUCUUCUUCACAAAGCCAAACAAAACCCUACAAAUAUAAAAAAGAAUGUACUGGUAGGGGGCUGUGGUGGGCACUGAGAGGGGUGUCUGAGGGUACCAUGACGUUCACUGGCACCAUGUUGGGGACCCCAUUACUAAAAGCCUCAAAGCCACAACUUUUGUGGGCUGAAGUCAGCUACAUUCAAUUGUGGAUUUAUCACAAAUGGCAGAAACCACAACCUUAGCUCACUUUGCCAUACAGUGCUCUUGAAGAAAGGGAUGGUAUUUCAAAAGCGGAUUAGCUGGCGUCCCCUCUAAAAAAUGGGGUGGUUUAAAGUGUUCCUCCACGUGACCUGGGUCCCUGUGGCCGCCUGAGCUGAGUUGGUUCUCCUUUCCUUUUCUCAGGCACUGUCAUCCCCCCUCAAGCCUCCCUGGUUUUUGAUGUUCUCCUGGUGGACCUGCACAACCCAAAAGAUGGCAUCUCCCUGGAGCACUUGGAAGUGCCAGCGUCUUGCAAGCGCAAGGCCGUGACCGGAGAUUUUGUGCGGUACCAUUAUAAUGGCACCUUGAUGGACGGGACCCUCUUUGACUCCAGGUAACGGGGACUGAAAUGCAGCUGUCAUUGAUAAGAAAGCGCUACCAUCUUCCCUUCCCUUCUCCACCAAGCUGUCAUUCCUCAGUAUUCUUUGUAUGGCUAGGUUAACGUAACCAGAAGUUCAGUUUUUUCUGGAAUAGGGUUGUUGGGAAAUUUCCUCAAAAUGGGAAGCUCUACCUGAAAUUGAGUCAAUUUGCAUAGCCAUCUGCAAACAGAAAUAGAAAUCAGGCAGGUGAUUAUGAUCAGUAUUCACAGCCUCCAUUCCCCAGUCUCCAAUUUUCUAUAAUCAUUUUUUUUUCAUUAUGUUAUUUAUUAUCUCCUCCUCCCUCUUGAAAUUAUGCAAUAAUAAUGUAGUUAAUUACAUUGUUAAUUGCAUUGUUAUAUUUGGGCACAGUGGACAGCGAGCUGAAUAAUGUCGUUUUCAUGGAACUUUAAUUGCAGUGGAACAGAAAUCAUAGAAUUGUAGAGUUGGAAGGGACCACGAGGGUCAUCUAGUCCAACCCCUGCAAUGCAGGAAUCUUUUGCCUAAUGUGGGGCUUGAACCCACAACCCUGAGAUUAAGAGUCUCAUUCUCUACUGACUGAGCUAUCCCAGGUGAGGCGUGCGACAGAUGCAAGGCAGAACAGAAAACAACGCCCUUUAUAUCCCUAGCUCAGAAGGAGUCUAUCCAAGGCAGAACAGGACAGGGGAAGGUGAGAAGAGCAUCAAAAUAUAGAGGAAGUGUGCAGAGGGGACACUUAUGCAUGUCUGGUGGACCUGUGAAAAAAAUCAAAAGCUUCUGGAACACAGUAUAUGACGAGCGUAAAAAAAAAAAUUAAGUAUAACUUUAUGAAAAAUACAGAAGCUUUUCUACUAGGGAUAAUGGACACAGGUAUAGCAAGAGAAGAUCAGAAAAUACUCCUCUAUGCCACAGGAGCGGCAAGGAUCCUAACUGAACCUUGCCCAAUAAUUUUUUGCUGGAGUGGGAAGAUGACAUAUUCUCACUUUCCAGCCUAUCGGAGCCACAGAGCUCAUGUCUCGCCCUGCUCUUUCGGUCUGUCUCUGGAUGGGCUCAGCCACAGUUUAAGAAAUCUGGAGGGGAAAACUUGAGGCUUUGCUGUAACGUCAGUUUGUAAGACACUUCUUCCCCACGGAUUCUCUCCAAUUCCAGUUAUUCACGAAACCACACCUACGACACUUACAUUGGGAAAGGCUACAUUAUUCCAGGAAUGGACCAGGGGCUUCAAGGAGUCUGUAUUGGUGAAAGGAGGAGAGUCAUUAUCCCGCCCCACUUGGCCUAUGGAGAAACUGGGGCAGGUAAGUAGAGCGAACAGGUUGAGGUGUGUGGGGAGCCCCUCAGCAGAACCCUUUGAAGGCUUUUAUCUACAAACCAACCCCCCCAGCUUUGAAAUCUCUGCUGGGUUUGAGUGGCCACACAAAUCCACCAAUGUUGCUUUGGCUUUCGUAUGCGAAGAAAACAAAGGUUGAUUUGGGGAGGGCUCCCAGAAGGUGUUGGGACAUGGGUGGCACUGUGGGUUAAACCACAGAGCCUAGGACUUGCUGAUCAGAAGGUCGGCGGUUCGAAUCCCAUGACAGGGUGAGCUCCCGUUGCUCGUUCCCUGCUCCUGCCAACCUAGCAGUUCGAAAGCACGUCAAAGUGCAAGUAGAUAAAUAGGUACCGCUCCGGCGGGAGGGUAAACGGCGUUUCCGUGCACUGCUCUGGUUCGCCAGAAGCGGCUUAGUCAUGCUGGCCACAUGACCCGGAAGCUGUACGCCGGCUCCCUCGGCCAAUAAAGCAAGAUGAGCGCCGCUACCCCAGAGUCAUCCAUGACUGUACACCGGCUCCCUCGGCCUAUACAGCAAGAUGGGCGCCGCAACCCCAGAGUCGGUCACGACUGGACCUAAUGGUCAGGGGUCCCUUUACCUUUACCUUUACCCAGAAGGUGUAAAGGCUGAAAACACUGGGCCAAACAAUGAAACAUAAAGAAAUGGAAAUAAUGGCCCCCGAAUGUAUGCUGGGACAUUGGCAAGGGAUCCCAGAGACAUACUCUGGGUUCUGCAACUAGAGGUUUCAAAUUGCCUCGAAUCAGCUGUGACCCUUGGAGGACUUUUGUGUGUAUGCAUCCCCACUCUUUACACCCAAAAAACCCCCAGUCUCUGUCCUUCUUGUCCUCUAGGGAACAAGAUCCCUGGCUCGGCUGUGCUCAUCUUCGACGUCCAUGUCAUCGACUUCCACAAUCCCGCAGACCCUGUGGAAAUACAGACUAUCCACCGGCCUGCGGACUGCAACGUCACCACCCAAGACAGAGACUUUGUCCGCUACCAUUACAACUGCUCCCUCCUGGAUGGCACCAAACUCUUCUCCUCGUGAGUCUUUUGCUUAAAGUUUAGAGCCAGUGUGGUGUAGUGGUUAAGAGCGGUAGUCUCGUAAUCUGGGGAACCGGGUUCGAUUCCCCGCUCCUCCACAUGCAGCUGCUGGGUGACCUUGGGCCAGUCACACUUCUCUGAAGUCUCUCAGCCCCACUCACCUCACAGAGUGUUUGUUGUGGGGGAGGAAGGGAAAAGGAGAUUGUUAGCCGCUUUGAGACUCCUUAAAGGGAGUGAAAGGCAGGAUAUCAAAUCCCAACUCUUCUUCUUCUUAUCUCAUAGAAUUGUAGAGUUGGGUGGGACCUCAAGGAUCAUCUGCUCCCAACCCCCUGCAAUGCAGGAAUUUAAAUGUCAACAAAUACCUACAUUGCCUUAUCACAGAGUAACCUAAAGGGAAGUAGUGGACGGCCUGAUGGGGCGGCAGCACUCAUCCGGCCCAUUUCACUGUUGCUUCCCAGUGUGGUGUAUUGGUUACAAGUGUCAGACCAGGACCUGAGAGACCAGAGUUCAAAUCCCCACUCAGCCAUGAAGCUCACUGGGUGACCUUGGGGCUAAGUCAGUGCCUCACAGAGUUGUAAAGGUAAAGGGACCCCUGACCAUUAGGUCCAGUCGUGGCCGACUCGGGGGUUUCAGUGCUCAUCUCACUUAUUGGCUGAGGGAGCCGGCGUACAGCUUCCGGGUCAUGUGGCUUCCAGCAGUGGUUUGAGGAAGGUCACAGCUCAGAGACAGGUGAAUGUUAGAUUUAUUGCUCAGAUAAGCGUGAGGUCCGGCACGCUUCCCCAUCGCAGGCCUCUGGCCGGCAUUCCAAAGGUCCGACUCAUUCCGAUGCUUCUGAGCAAAGCAUAGCAGAGAUCAACAGCGGAUAGAGGAAGCUGCAAAACACUCCAGUGCAUUCUUCAGUGUGCUUAAAUAAAGUCCACUCAGGAUCUUAGCAGCUAAGAAGCUGGUGGAUUCCAGAUGGCACGAGAUGAUGCGAUGAUCCACUUUGUCAUAGACAGUGGAUCAUCGCAUCAGUGAACAGAAGAGUUGGGAGGUGUUGGGAGAAGAGAAGGGGAAGACAGGGCCGGAGCAGCCAGCUGACACGUUAUCACUGGAGAGCAUUUCCGACCCCCCAUCUCCCAGAACACGGCGUGCAUUGAAAGUGGAAGAGCAAAAGACUCAGAGACAAUUAGCCCCUGGCAACCAGCGUAAGGGGAAGGGAGUGGGGAGGAGCUCAGUUGGAGCAACGCCAUUGACCUAAGAGGCAGCGUACAGAGGCCUCUCUCUGUCAGUAUUGAAUAAAGACUCUGUAAGAGCUUCCUUGUCUACUUCCUUGGCUGUCUGCCGUGAGAGCAGGGAGGAUCAGAAUUCACUGAAACCUGAAAGCACAUUUCCUGCAUCUUCCACGGCUCUUUUCCCCCUUUCCAUCACUGGGAGUAGCAAAGAUAAUUAUGCAAAAUAAAUAUAUAUGCCAAUCAGUGCGCAUAUAUAUAUACAGAGUGGUACCUCGGGUUAAGUACUUAAUUCAUUCCAGAGGUCCGUUCUUAACCUGAAGCACCACUUUAGCUAAUGGGGCCUCGCACUGCCGCCGGAGCAUGAUUUCUGUUCUUAUCCUGAAGCAAAAUUCUUAACCUAAAGCAUUAUUUCUAGGUUAGCGGAGUGUGUAACCUGAAGCAUAUGUAACCUGAAGCGUAUGUAACCCGAGGUACCAGUGUGUGUGUGUGUGUGUGUGUGUGUAUGAUUUUCUUAAGAGCAGAAUUCUGGGGAAGAGGUCCCCAGACACACUUCUGAGAUUCCUGCAGAAAAUAUUUCCAAGGAUUCCAAUGGUCUCCCUGUUUUCCUGCUUGACAGCCAUGACUAUGAAAGCCCUCAAGAAGCCACGCUGGGGACCAACAAGAUAAUUGAAGGCCUGAACAAUGGCCUGCUCAACAUGUGCGUGGGGGAAAAGCGUUCCGUCAUCGUUCCUCCCCAUUUGGGUCAUGGCGAAAGUGGAGGUAAGGUUGUGGGAAAUGCCUCUGGCAUCUGUUUUCAGAGUCCACAUCACAGGGCCGGCAGAAGAAAUGGAGACUGGACUCAGGGUUCAACAACCGGACAGUCCCUUCUUUUUUUUAUUUUAUUUUUUUCUUUUUCCCUAAAGUGACUUUCUAGCUCCUAAGGCUGCAGAAAUACAGUUGGAAGUCUGUGCAUGCAUUGCCUGGUAAAAUCUCAGAAGCCAGAGUAGGACGGAGUGGUCUUCCCUAUGACUAGCAGGAAAAUAAAUGACGCAAGGCAGCACGCAACUUAGCAUAAUUUGCAUCGCCUUUUGUAGAGUUUUGCAAUUAUUUUUUAGCACAGAAUAUAGAAACUUUUUUGCUAUUCAUCACUAGGCAUGAUUAGUAGCCAAUAUUUACAGAGCCCAAAUGCUAAGAAAGAGUAGUUCAAACUUGACAUGGGCAUUGUCGGUUUAUCACAGGAGCUGUGCUUCAGGACAAAAAUAUUUUGAGGUCCAGGUUUUAUAGACGUUCUUGUGAGAAACUAGGCUAUAUGAAUUGAAUUCAUGAUUAUAAUUUAGGAGUAAUAACGUUAUAGCCAGUAGGCAGUGGCAAUACGGCUCCUUAUAUGGCCUUGUGAUGGCAUUAAACAGUGAGGAGGAGGAGAAAUAGUAGCUAAACCCUCUGAUACCACUUCCUCUCAGGAAGCGAGGUCACUUCCUGUCAAUAGGUUUCUCCUAGCUUUGACUCCGGGUCACUGCUGCCUAGCCAGUGCCUCUGUGGAUGACCUUGCCCUGUUGAUAUGUGCACCUUGCAUUUUCAGCCCGGGGUGUACCUGGCAGUGCCGUUCUCUACUUUGAGUUAGAGCUGCUACACCGGGAGCCAGGAGUUCCAGAAGGAUACCUGUUUGUCUGGCACAGCGACCUACCAGAAAACCUGUUUGAAGCCAUGGAUCUCAACAAGGAUGGUGAAGUCCCACCUGAGGAGGUGAGAUUUUGCAUUCUGUAUUAGAAAGGGUGCAGCUGGUACUGAAGAAUCUGAACUGGGGGCGGGGGGGGGGGGGUGACAGGAUCCACGGCUGGAUCCAUUUGUACUAACUGUUCGUUCCACCAGAGUAAGAGCAUCUACCCUAUAGUUAGUUGUUCGAGUUUUAGUAAAUUAAUAGGGAAAAAUUUAUUCCAUUUGUAUACGGGUAAAAACAAUAGCUUGGAGCAAAGAGCAACUUUUUAUUUUAAAAAGAUGCACAUGUGUGUUGUCUUGGAGGCAUUGUCUUGGAAGAGACAUCCCUGCCUAUAUGAUGGUGCUCACCAUUUACAGUUUGUAUAAGCAUUGCAUUGAAAAUAUUUUUCUUUUUAGAAAAUUGGUUGGCUGGUUAACCAGGAGCACCGUAUCAUUCAGCUGAAAAGCUUUUUUAAUUUUAUUUUUAAAAAACUAACUGACCAAUUGAUUUAACAUUGUAGCCCUACUUCCCAGUGACUAUUUGUUUGUUUUGAUUUGAUUUUUUGUAUUUCUAUGUUGCUUUUCAUUCAUAUGAACCUCAAAGUGGCUUACAAACAAUAAAUAACAAUAACGUAAUAAAACAGAACAGAACAUCACAAAUACAGCUUAAAUCAUAUAAAACAAUUAACAAAUCAUCUAUAGAAGUCCUUUCCCUUCUGCAGUGAUGGUGAAAUCAAAAAUGCAACGUUACAUCACACACCCAAAAACAAUCUGUACAUUAUUGGGUCGCUAGAGGAAGCAAGAGGAAGAGGAAGCAUUGGGUUGCUACAGCUAUGUGUAGCAGAUGAUAAAUAUUUUGGUUAUAACUUGCAGUGAGAUGUGGGCCCUUUUAAGGUGUUACAGACGUGAGGAAGCAACUUGGGUAGAAAAGGUUGUAGGGUCAUGCAUUUAAGCCCCAUCAUCUGGUGGGUCCUUCGUGUUCCCAUGUAACUUUUGCAGUAGAGAGCCUUUUAUACUCAUGGAAACUCCCAACACAAUUAAGGACCUGGUUUUCCUUCGUCUUGCUGCAGAGGGCACAGCCUGUGAACGCUGCAGCCCUUUUCCAGUUGUCUUGCGUUGUCAUCUAGAGCCACUCAAGUUAAGGCACCUUUAGCAAUUCAUUUUUUUCCCCAUCAGUCUGGCAUCUUGCUCAACCUUGAAAAAUGGCAAGCAGUAGGCAAAGGAAAGUUAAGAGACUGAUAUAAAGGAAGCCAGACAUAGGAGCUGGAUGUCUUGAAAUGCUGUUUCCCAUGUUGUUGAAUGCAUAUGCCACACACACCCUUCCCAGUGGAAAUGGCUUAUCCUUUUCCCUGCUUUCUCUCUCUCCACCCCCCCCCCCCGCAGUUCUCAGAGUUCAUCAAAGCUCAGAUCUCUGAAGGCAAAGGUCGUCUCAUGCCAGGCCCUGACCCGGAAAAAGUGGUCAAUGACAUGUUCCAAAACCAAGACCGGAAUAAGGAUGGGAAGAUCACAGCAGAGGAACUGAAGCUGAAAUCAGACGAGGAUCAAGUUAAACAUGAGGAACUUUAA